CUCCGCCCCGGGGCGGGGCGUCCUCAGCUCCGCCAGCUGCGCGCUUGUCCGUCCCAGCGGCUCUGCGUUCUCAGCUGCGGUCCUCGCGCCAUGGCGGCCGCCGCGCUGCAGCCGAGGCGGGCGCUGCGUCCCGGAGGCCUGCGCGCCUUAUCGGCCGCGACCGCCGCCGCCUGGGGAGCCAGCCCAAGUACAGCUGUAAGAGCAUCUAGAACUGACAGGACCGUAAAAAGGAAGGCACUACCUCCUAGGACUGAAAAAAUGGAUGUUAACCAGGACUGGCCCAGUGUUUACCCAGUUGCGGCACCAUUUAAACCCUCAGCUGUACCUCUGCCUAUUCGAAUGGGCUAUCCAGUAAAGAAGGGAGUGCCCAUGGGAAAGGAGGGAAAUCUAGAGCUUGUAAAGAUCCCAAAUUUUCUGCAUUUGACUCCUGUGGCAAUUAAAAGGCACUGUGAGGCUCUGAAAGACUUCUGCACCGAAUGGCCAGCUGCACUGGACACUGAUGAGAAGUGUGAGAAGCAUUUUCCGGUUGAGGUCGACACCUCCGACUACGUUUCAUCAGGACCAUCCAACCGAAACCCCAAGGCACGAGUGGUAACACUAAGGGUUAAACUUUCCAGUUUGAAUUUAGACGAUCAUGCAAAGAAGAAACUUAUUAAACUUGUAGGAGAACGGUACUGCAAGGCCACAGAUGUGCUCACCAUUAAGACAGAUAGGUGCCCCUUAAAGAGACAGAACUACGACUAUGCAAUGUACCUGCUCACAGUUUUGUACCAUGAGUCUUGGAAAACUGAAGAAUGGGAAAAAAACAAGACGGACGCAGACAUGGACGAGUACGUGUGGGAGAACAGCACCUCGCAGAGAAACGCCGUCCAGACCCUGCUCCGGAUGCAAGCUGCGGGCCAGGGCCAGGGCGAGCGCGGGAGCGCAGAGGAGCUGCUCCGCACCCGGGAGGUGGAGGGCUACCAGGCCUGCGUGGUUCGUCUUAAGAACGAAGGGGAGAACGAAGUCAGCCUCUCUCAGUACAAAGAGUCGGUGAAGAGGCUGCUGCACCUGACCUGAAGGCCGUGCGCAGGGUCCGGCCUGGCACGGGAAGGCUCACCAGCCCCCUUCGAUGCGGGCAGCAUCCCUUCCCAGCUCCUGUGCGGUGACGGUGUGUUCGCUUUCUAGUAUGUGACCAACGACAAAACAAUUACACUGCUUGCAACAUCUGCGA